CGCUAUGAGGCUCAGACACCCGGAUCAACACACUGCGCGGCAGCAUCGUCUCGACAUCAGGAAACACGCCGAGGCACUUGAGUCUUACCAAGUUUACUUGACGUCAGUGUCAUAUCAUUAUUUAAAUUUUGACACCAACUGCCGGCGAGAACGAUGAUGAACGGACAGGUGAACGGGUUUCAUAACUCCCUUAUUGACGAGGACUGCUUCUUGUUCACCUCGGAGUCGGUCGGAGAAGGACACCCCGACAAGAUCUGUGACCAGAUCAGUGAUGCUAUUCUGGAUGCCCACCUCAAGCAGGACCCUGAUGCCAAAGUUGCAUGUGAGACCGUUGCAAAGACUGGGAUGAUCCUGUUGGCUGGUGAAGUGACGUCACGCGCCACAGUGGACUAUCAGAAAGUUGUCCGUGACACUAUUCGCCAAAUUGGAUAUGAUGACUCCUCCAAAGGCUUUGACUUUAAGACCUGCAACGUUCUGGUGGCUUUGGAGCAGCAGUCUCCUGACAUAGCUCAGGGUGUUCAUGUUGACCGCAAUGAGGAGGACAUUGGCGCUGGGGACCAGGGCUUGAUGUUUGGAUAUGCAACCGAUGAGACCGAAGAGUGCAUGCCUCUCACAAUUGUCCUUGCCCACAAGCUGAAUGCCAAGUUGGCGGAACUGCGCCGCAAUGGCACUCUUCCAUGGCUCAGGCCAGACUCCAAGACACAGGUCACUGUUCAGUACCGCCAGGACCGUGGUGCUAUGCUCCCAGUGCGCGUGCACACGAUUGUAAUCUCUGUUCAGCACGAUGAGGAUAUCUGCCUGGAGGAGAUGAGAGAUGCCCUGAAGGAGAAAGUCAUUAGGACUGUUGUUCCCUGCAUCUAUUUGGAUGACGACACCAUCUAUCACCUGCAGCCCAGUGGACGAUUUGUAAUCGGGGGCCCACAGGGUGAUGCUGGCCUCACAGGACGUAAAAUCAUUGUUGACACUUAUGGAGGCUGGGGAGCCCAUGGCGGUGGAGCUUUCUCUGGGAAGGAUUACACCAAGGUUGACCGCUCUGCUGCCUAUGCUGCACGCUGGGUUGCCAAGUCUCUGGUGAAGGCUGAGCUCUGCAGGAGAGUUUUGGUCCAGGUGUCCUAUGCCAUUGGAGUUGCCCAUCCCCUCUCCAUUUCCAUCUUUCACUAUGGGACAUCCCACAAGAGUGAGAGGGAGCUGCUUGACAUUGUGAAGAAGAACUUUGAUCUCCGUCCUGGAGUCAUCGUCAGGGAUCUGGAUCUGAAGAAGCCCUUGUAUCAGAGGACUGCAGCCUAUGGCCACUUUGGCCGAGACUCCUUCCCAUGGGAGGUGCCCAAAAAACUCAAAUACUAAACCUGUUAAGCUUUUCCCCCCAGGCCUGUUGGUGUAUACUACAGAGAAGCCUCCAAGGUUCCGGGGGUGAAAUGCCCUUAUCUCUCUCAUAAUUUUGGUUUCAUUUAACACAUGACUCCUUCCUCACUCCACUUCCCUCCCUUGUCUCGUUACUUUUUCUUCUUCUCCCUGCUGGGUCCUAGGAGGCACGCCUCAGAAACUGUAUUAAAACAAAUGGAUGGGUUCCAUGAACCCAUGCAUCAUAGUACUCGAUGUUCUCCCAUGUCUUGAGGUUUCCCUGCUUCUGGUUGUGAUAGACCUCGAUUAGCUGUGUUCAGUUACUCUCUCUUUGGCAUUCCACACUCAUCAAUAUUGUCAGUCUUCUGCUCAGUGUCAUGGUGGUUGCAUUUUAGGCUAUAUGAGACACCCCUUUUAAUUUACUGGCUGCUGACGUGAGUAUGUUUAAAAAAAAAAAAAAAGUCCAUUUAGAAGCAUUAUAUGAUAGUUGAGGUCCUGUGAUCUGACACCCUCCUAAACAAGUUAAGCCUCUCUCUAAACAUUCCUCCUUUGUCAGUAUGGUACAAUAAUUCCCCGACCGAGUGUUCAUUUUCCUUUUUUGUUCGCUCUAUUCCCCCCCCCGUCUUUGUCAAGGAUGCUAGAAUGGCACAAUUGAAAUUUAAGGGUUGUUGCUAUUUUCUCAAAAAAAAAAUGCUAUGCAUUGCAGGCUGAGGGUUGCGCCAAAUUUUAAUUAUCCAAGUUCUCAAAUGAGCCUAAAACCUCAGAUGCCCCCACAGACCUUUGCUGUUUUCUGACGUAAUACAGAAAAGUCAGAAGCUGCUAUGUCACUGCUCUGGUCUGCAGAGGUAUUAUACUUGAUGAUGAUAAUGGUGGAAAAAUGUAAUGAAUUGAAAUUCAAUUUUAAAUGAGCCCCUUUUUUAAAUGUAGUUUCACUGGCUUUUUUAUGGUUUGAGGUGACUGAAAGCCCUUUUUUAUUUGACCCCUUAAGUAUAUUGAUGGCAGGUGUAGCUACAGAGAAACCUGGUUCCCGUCUUUAUCCUUAAAUGGGUGCGUUCCUUUUCAUGUCUUAUUGACUAAUAAUCAAACCUCAUCACUAUUUAUUUGUUCUCUGAAACUCGGCGUGGAUACAGAGAAGCCGCAGUUUCAGAAGGCAGCUUUAAACACAAUAAAUCUUGAAUUCCUUCUGACUUGAUUAUUUUUCAGUGUUUUGCUUGAGGCCCCAGAGUGUUCUACAGAAAAGCUUUGGUCUGCCUCAAGAGAAAGGUGUCACAGACUACCAUUAAUGGCAAUUUUACAACUUUUUUUUUUUGUUUUAGACUACAGAUAUUUUUUCGGUGGGUUAGUUUAAUAUCCCCUUACUGUCUGGCAAUUCUUUGGAUCUAGCCUAUCCUCCUCAAUAGGAUGGCAACAUGUGGCUGGUGUAGUACAGAGAAACCAGCCUUGUUUACAUAGCCAUCCUCAUGUGUUGGAUAGUUUUGUUUUUGUUCCCUUUUACCACUCAAGGGCGUCCUGUUGGCUACAGUAAGUUAAGAGUGCCUUUUCUAUUUCCUCUACUCCAUUUUUGCUUUUCUUCCUCCUACCAACAUGGGUUUUAACUUCCAGAGGAACAAGAAACUCAUACCGUUAUGCUUCAUGUCUAAAAAAGCGUAGUUUCCCAAUUCUCUGUAAUAAACAACUACUAAUUUCAAA